AUGGGCGACAACCUCAACGCCAAUGAUACUGCUCCUGUUGCACCGUAUGUGUUUCUGUCCUUCCUAUUUGAAAUCGUGCGCAACAUCCCCUACAUCCACUCCUGUUUCAUGGACGGCCUGGUCGAUGCCUCCAAGGUGCCCUACGGCUGCGAGAGGUACAUCGACCAACACUCAUUGGCGGAGCAUAGUUCCGGAUGCGCGCACAUGCCUUGCUACUGCUAUGGGUUCAUGUUGCCAUUUUGGGGCUCGCCGGCGAGCCUCGUGUGUCACCUCCCGCAACCGACCAGCGAUCACUACUGGCCUGCGGUGGUGAACAUCAAGUACGAGAUGUGCUACCCGUUCGCCGUGCCGGAGUCGCUGGAGGAUCACCAUCGCCUGCUAGCCUUGGAGGAGGACGACAACGUCUUCCUCUUGACCGUGGGCACCGGGCAGGCCCGCGCAGGCCGCUGCCCCGUCUCUGUAGUGUGCGUUAGGGGCAACACCGCUGACGCUGACACGAGGCCAGUGUAA